ACGCCGAGUCUCCAAUGAACGAGUAUUCCUAAUCUAAAGAACAAAAGAGGGGGAAGCUUUAGCUUUACCAUACCGGAUUAUUUUUCUUGUGAAGUACCAAAAUCAUGUUUUUUAGUUUAGACUCAUUUCCUUCUUGAAGUUUGACUUUUUGAAUGUUUGUUUAUUUCAUCUAGAGUUUUUGGACUUUUUUAUGCAUGGACUGUGAUGGAUAUGAGAAAUACCAUAAUUUUCUUUAAAGCAUGCCUGCUGCACAGUCCUUUAAAUGGUACCAUACAGUAGACUUUUAUUUAUUUUUUAAAUAAAUGGCUCUUUUAUAGUGAAAACUUGAGUUCCCCAAGGAGUCAAAGCAAACGGUCCUUGACUUGAGCCUUCAGUUUUGUGGUGUUAUUAUGUAACUUAACUAACAAGGGGAAGAACAAUUUGACUCACUUGUAGUAUGUUGAAGGAUUCCAUGCAUCUUGGAUAAACCUCUCUAAACCCAUGUGCGUCAAGAAGGACAGAAAAGAAGAGGAAUGCGCUAUUGACGUCAUGAGGUGAAAUAACCGAACUUAAAAUACUGGAACUGUCUAAAUGCAUGAGUAAACCAUUUGCCAUCUAGACGUCAGAGUUGUUUGACUCAAAUUACUUGAUUCUUUUUCCAUCCGACCACUUUUUUUGUUGUUGCAUUUAUCCCAUAUCGACUCUCAUCUGAACAGUAUCAUGGCUUCUCCUCAACAUCUGCUGUAUCACAACAGCGAAGUAAGCUGUGAGUCGAGUGGUGAUGGUGCUGUGUCUGUGCGUAUCAGCAGCACCAAACCGCACAAACAGCAGCGUGGGAGUCUGGGCGCCAGCGCCAUGUGUAGUAUCAUUGGGGGCUCCAAACAUUGCAAGUACAGUAUCUCCUCCAGCUGUAGCUCUGGCGAAUCUACCAUCCGCAAGCCGGUUAUCAAAGGCCUCAGGUCUCAGAGGAAGAUGCCGCAGCUGUUUGAGAGGUCGGCCGGACACUUCUGGAACCCCAAGUUCGACUCGAACAUUCUGGAGGAAGCCUGCCGCGAGCGCUGCUUCCCUCAGACGCAAAGACGUUUCCGCUGUGUGCUGUUUUACAUGGCGGCCGCCAGCCUCCUCUGGGGGCUGUUCUUCAUCGCUAAUGCUAACCGAUGUGAACAGACUGCCUUCUUGUUGCCCACGGCCUCCUUCCUACUCCUCUGUUCUGUCCUGUUCGUCUUCACGUUCACCCGCUUCUACACCCACUGCUACAAUCAAGCCUCGCUGUUGCUCAUUGUAGUGACAUUUGCCCUCACUCUUGCACCUCAGAUCCAAACGUCAGGCUUUAGUGACUUUAAUGUGCCUCCUUUGAAGGAUGAAGACGAUGCAGGCGACUUCAGUGGCGCCGAGGAUAAAAACACGACGUUUGAAGCCACCCGAAGUGGAAAUCCAGUAGCCCCCUGCUUGUCCCCGGUUGGCACCUUCUCUCUAGGCAUGGAGGUGCUUUCGUUGCUCUACAGUUUCCUCCAUGUCCGUCUUUACGCUUCAUUACUGCUAGGCCUGCUCUACUCAGUGCUUUUUGAGACGCUUGGCUGGAUGCACUUGAUUCAACCCAGUGGAUGGAGGAAUUCCACUGAGGAACAUUUGGAAACGCUCUACUGGCUGAUCCCCGGAAGAGCAAUUUUGCAUGUCUGCGCCCACAUCAUUGGUAUUCACCUUUUCAUUAUGUCGGAAGUGCGUUCACGCAGCACGUUCCUCAAGGUCGGCCAAGCCAUCAUGCAUGGGAAAGACUUGGAGGUCGAAAAGGCCCUGAAGGAGCGGAUGAUUCACUCGGUGAUGCCUCGUAGGGUGGCGGAUGAGCUUAUGAAGCAGGGCGAUGACGACAAUGACAAUUCGGUGAAGCGCUACUCGACGGGAGCGGCUAUUGCGGGUGCCUCCAGCCCUAAGAGCACCAAACGCAAGAAGACCUCGAUACCUCGGGGUCAGAUCAUCUUCCGGCCUUUCAACAUGAAACGCAUGGAGCCGGUCAGCAUCCUGUUCGCGGACAUUGUGGGAUUCACCAAGAUGAGUGCCAACAAGUCGGCGCAUGCCCUGGUGGGACUCCUCAACGACUUAUUUGGACGCUUCGAUCACCUGUGCGAGCUCACGUGCUGCGAGAAGAUCAGCACGCUGGGAGACUGUUACUAUUGUGUGGCCGGUUGUCCCGAGCCUCGAGAGGACCAUGCCUACUGCUGCGUGGAGAUGGGGCUUGGGAUGAUCCAGGCCAUUGAGCAGUUCUGUCAGGAAAAAAAGGAAAUGGUCAACAUGCGUGUCGGCGUCCACACGGGCACCGUGCUUUGCGGGAUCCUCGGCAUGAAACGCUUUAAAUUUGACGUCUGGUCCAAUGAUGUCAACUUAGCCAAUCUCAUGGAGCAGUUGGGUGUCGCCGGGAAGGUUCACCUGUCGGAAGCCACGGACAAGUUCUUGGAUGACCGGUACUUGCGAGAAGACGGCCGAGUCACAGAAAGGAUCGGACCAAGUGUGGUUGCAGAUCAGCUUAAAGGUCUGAAGACGUUUCUGAUAUCCGGGAGGAAGGUGAAGCUACCGCAGUGGAGCUGUCCUCCGUCUGCUCUGGUGAAGAGUGAGCUCAGAAAGUCUCUCAGCGUCACGUCCUUCAGUCCCGACGUCACAUCCUCGCCCUGCGCUGCGACCCCGGGCCCAGACAGAGCUAAGUCUGCCUGUCCCUCGUGUAGUGUUUUAGCAUCUGAAGACGGGUCACUUCACAGCAACAGCUGCACUGAUCCUGACCACAAAACCAUCAACAGAAAGGGACCGCAAGGCAGGAGUCCCAAGACCCUCAAUGGGCUGUUAAGUCCUCAUCUGGAGCAGCCCCUGACCCACAGCCAGACGUCCCUGUGUGAGAUGCUGCAGGAGAAGGAUAAGAAGUGGCCCGGAGUAGGAGGCAUCAGCUGCAUGGGAACGAUGGACCACUCCGCCCUCAUCCCACUGCGCUCCAAAAACUUCCGCGAGAGGAGCGACGCUCACUUUGUGGACGUGAUAAAGGAGGACAGUCUGAUGAAAGAUUACUUCUUCAAACCGCCCAUCAACAAGUUGAGCCACACUUUCAUAGACCGAUCCCUGGAGUCGGCUUACAGGACCAGCUACCAGGACGAGGUCAAGACGCACGCUCCCGUCCAGACGUUUGCCAGUCCGACGUUCAGCUCCUUCCUAGACAUGCUCCUGUGCUGUUGUGUAUUUCUGGCUCUCUCGUUGGCUUGCUUCCUUCGACCACUGGUUACCCAGAAGCCCCUGCCCACACCUGCCUUUAUAGUGGCUGCAGUGGCAGCUGUGCUUGAAUGUUUGGCCCUCGUGCUCGCUAUAAGAAGAGCCUUUUACCUGGACAGCGUUCUGAACUGCACCAUGACCCUCCUCUGGGCCAUUUCUGGCUGGGUUCCCCGUCACAUGAUCGGGGCGGUGCUGGUGUCUUUACCUGCCGUGGCUGUGUUCUCUCACAUCACCUGCGAUAUGCAUGACUCCAUACAGUUCACCAUGUUCACCUGCUGUGCUGUUAUAAUUGCCAUCAUACAGUACUGCAAUUUCUGUCAGCUGAGUUUCUGGAUGCGUUCAAGCCUGGCGACGCUAGCGGGAAUCACCUUUCUGAGUGUGCUCUGGAGCCCUCCUUGCAGCACUUGGGAACGUUUAUUUUUUAGAUCCAGUGACUUCAACAACAGCAUCAAUGACGUCCAGUCCUCGGAAGAAGAUUCGGCCCGACCGCAGGAUCUACUUGGCCCAGAAGCUUUGGUUGCUUUUUUCCUGUUGCUUCUUCUUGUUUGGUUCCUCAACCGUGAGUUCGAGGUGAGCUACCGUCUACACUUCCAUGGGAACGUGGAGGCAGACCAGCACCGCAUUAAAAUCCAAAACAUGCGGGACCAGGCAGACUGGCUCCUGCGCAACAUCAUCCCUAUCCAUGUGGCCGAGCAGCUGAAGGUGACCCAAAGCUACUCAAAGAACCACGACAACGUGGGCGUCAUCUUCGCCAGCAUCGUUAACUUCAGCGAGUUCUACGAAGAGAGCUACGAAGGGGGGAAAGAAUGCUACCGCGUCCUCAACGAACUCAUCGGGGACUUCGACGAACUCUUGCGCAAGUCUGACUUUUCCAACAUAGAGAAGAUCAAGACGAUCGGCGCGACCUACAUGGCGGCGUCGGGGCUAAAUACGCAACAGUGUAGCGACCAGGCCCAUCCGCACGCCCACCUACGAGCGCUCUUCGAAUUCUGCCUGGAAAUGAUGCGAGUGGUGGACGACUUCAAUAAAAACAUGCUGGGCUUUAAGUUCAAGUUAAGGAUUGGGUUCAACCACGGACCUCUCACUGCCGGAGUCAUCGGCACCACCAAGCUCCUCUACGAUAUCUGGGGAGACACGGUGAACAUCGCCAGCCGGAUGGACACAACUGGUGUGGAGUGUCGGGCUCAAGUUAGUGAGGAGAGCUACUGCGUGCUCAGCGGAAUGGACUACGAGUUCGACUACCGAGGUACCGUCAACGUGAAGGGCAAGGGUCAAAUGAAGACCUACCUUUACCCGAAGAGCACAGACAGCGGACCUGUACCUCAAUACCAGCUUUCGGUCUCUCCAGAAAUUCGAGCGCAGGUGGACGGUAGCAUCGGGCGCUCGCCCACCGAUGAAAUCGCUAAUAUGAUAAUGGCGACCAAUGCCAGUAAAGUAGGUGCAUCUUUCUCCGUGAGUUCAGGGCUUACCGGACAGGGAUACGCUGUUAGAGACUUUCCCGAAAAGAUUGCCGGAAGCAACGGUACGUCCAAGGCCCAACGAUCUGCAUCUGCUGUUGGCCUGACUUGCAUACCAGAAACCAACCUGAGCGCAAGUCCAGCAGUUUUCGGUCAACAAGCAGAACCAACUUUGACCUCUCCUGUCCAGGCAGAAAGCGCAGAGGCCAAUGCAAACAAGGCGGGAGAAAUAGCGUAUAUGGGUGAAAUGACAAAACUUUGACUGUAAACACGGCCACAAUGUUGUUGCUGUUGGUCUUAACCCUUUAAACGUGGGCUUGCAACCGUCUCCUUUGAGUUUGUAGGGAUAGGCAUGUUUAGGGACGAAUGCUAGUGUAGAUUUGCAUCAGUGUAUGUGUAGUGGAAAGUCUUAUACAGUACCACUAGCUGAACCAGGAGACACGUUCACAUCUAGUGUCGUUGACCGUAAGAAACUCAGAAUCAUUUCUACAUGGAAUAAGAAAUGCUGGGGAGAUGCAUUGGGACCUAAAGUCCCAUCCUUAAACAGACCGCAGUUAUUCCGGCUAAUUUAAUUUUGACUAUUAUUUCCCUGCUAUUGUCUAUUGAAUUAUUUUCUUUUAAUGAAGUGCCUUUAGGAUGAUAACAACAAUAUGUACGAGGCAUUUAAAAAAAAGAUUUCUCAAUCAAAUCUAAAGCUAAAGAUCACAAAGAUUUAGCAUGGAAAAAUUGAUGUUAGUCGAUGUUAUAAUUAUUGAUGUUAUAAUUUGGAAUAUUUAUUGACAUUUCUGAGUUCUCGUUGUCGGAACGUUCAACAGUCAGUAUUUACAAAGCAAAACUCUAUAUUGCGAAGACCCAAGACUCUGAAUGGUGCACGGCCAAAAGUGUCUGUGAAGAAGUAUUAGUGAAAUGUAGAGCAAGCUAUGGGCUAAAUUCACCUACAAUCAAGAAUAUCAAACAUUUGACAGGAGAUUCUUGAACGUUCUGAUUUUUUUUUCCUGUCGCUCUUCAUUCUGCAGCUAAAUGUUGGGUUGAGAACUAACUAUGAGUUCAUCUUAAAGGACACAUUCGUUGUCUUAAAGGACGAAAAAUGCUUUCAUGCAUCAGCUACUAUGGGCUACUGUUUUAAGAUAUAGGCAAUUUGAUUACAAAUCAACUUUAAAAAAUCAACAUUUACUCUCCUAAAGUGCACGUUGUUGUAAAAGCAAAAAUGUUUGUCUCACAGGCAUGGAAAAAAAAAGUUAGCCAAUAGCCAUAUGACAGUGUUAUAGACUUUUGUAAGUAGUGCAGCAAUUCAAUGAUGAUUAAUGGUAAACUGAUUGUGACAAUAAUAGCAAAAUAGCGAUAGAUUUGAAAACAACAUUUCAAAAUUGUGAGAUGCUGUGGUCAAGAAUCCUCAUUACAAGUGGGUUGCUUGUGUUGUUUCAGAUUUGGCUUUAUUAUGGUAUCACCUACUUCCACCAUCCAAACAAUUCCUGAUGGAUAAAAUUAAAUCAUGUCCGACAUUAUUUUUUCUCAUUGAAUGUUAUGUUGCACUUAAAGGUGCAGUAAGCGAUUUCUGAGAAGCACUGUUGAUAUUUGAAAUCAGCUCAAACAAACACACCUCUCCCUUCAUUGCUCUGCCCCCAAAAUGCACAAACACAGAUGUGGAUGUCUCGUUAGCUGAAGCAAAGCAGAAUAAUGCUUCGCAAAAAAACUAAGCGAAGAUAAGGAAUGAAUGACAAGGGAGAACAAGCUAGUCUCGCGCAGCCAGACCUUCGGAUUGACAGCAGAAUAUCUGGACUCUGUCGCAGAUUUUCUUGGCCAAGGACUGCCCAAGAGGAGAUUUGACUAACAUGUAUUCACACUUGAACUUGAAGUGAACAAAACUUUCUCCUGUGGUGUCGUUUACAAAGUUCCCAGUUCUUUGCAUCCCGGCCACCCACGAGCAGUGUUGUAGUACUCGAGACUCAGACUCGUCUCGGACUCGGUCUCGAGACCAUAUUUUAAUGGUCUUGGU